AUGGGAACACAGGAGUGCCAGCGGACGCUGCGGACGCGACGGAAAGCUCCGUUCAGGCACGUGGGCGAGCGUCAGUGUCACGACCCAGGCCCAGACUGGUGGGCCAGUAAAAAGAGGAGCGGCGGCCGGGCCGGCAGAGCUCUAACAGACGAUGAAAUUAUAAAACUGCUCGAGACGAGUGACUUGAGUUCCUUGUCAGACGAAGAUAAUCCUGUUGAUGAACCUCCAACUCCACCUGAACGAAUUGGUGUGCUUGAAGUUGAAGGAUGCAAUGUGGAUGUUACUCCUGAGGCACCUGCAUCAGCUUCAUCUUCUCACUGUCGUCCACUAAGAUGGAGGCAAUCUAAGAUGUGUAAUCGACAGCCUUCUGACGACAACUUUGAAGAACAGACUGAUGGUGAACUGAGAAACCCUUCACAGUUUUUCUUCGGUGACAGAUUUUUCACCAGUUCAAAAUCUGUUCAGCUUUUACUAGACAGGAAUAUAUUUCAGACAGGAACUGUGAUGGCCAAUAGAAUAAAGGAAGUAGCUUCUAAGUUCAAGAGAGGUCAGGAGCUGCAGCGGGGGCAAUGGGAUGAGUACGUAAGGGAGGACCAGGAAAUUUGUGCCCUCAAAUGGAAGGACAAUAAAUCCGUCACUUUGUUAUCCUCGUGCAUAGGGGGCGAACCAGAGGGUACCUGCAAACGAUGGUGUAAUAUAGAAAAAGCAAAGCUCAUGUGGAAAGCAUCCCCCGCGUGGUCGGUGUGGAUCCAUCAGUGGACGACCCGGUCAGGAGAGGAGCUGAUCGAGUUAAGCCUCUCCGGGAGACGAGUUAACGAGUUUCCAGCCGGAAGCCGUUCUCCAGGCCGGGCCGCGCUCGUCAAACUACUCUGUGUACAGCCGGGGGCCUGCAGCCCACGGGCCGUCCUAUCGGCGGCACGUCCGUCCAUUCAGAGCGCCUCUCCAGGAGAUGUUAUUAGUGGCCGGAACGUGCCCGCCGCCUCGCAAGACUCCAUUGAUGGAUGCAGCGAUGGAAACUGUGCAGAAAUAGAUUGCCCUGCAGACUCUAUCCUUAGUACAGAUGAAGGGAAUGUGACAUGCCUGUGUGAUCUAGAAAACUGCACACAGCCAACAUGUGAUGGGCGAGAAGCACAGCUUCUCCACAAGGCUGCUGGACUUCCUGGAGACUGCUGUGAUGUGUUCGAAUGCCCUGCUACUGAAAGUACAAACUAUCAGUGUUCAUGGAAUAAUGAAUGGAAGAAGAAUGGCACAGUAUGGUCAAAGGAUGAUUGCACUGUCUGCAGAUGUGAAGAUGGUAUUGUUGUUUGCACUGAAAAAGAAGUAUGUCCUGAGAUACCUGCUUCAUGCCCUGAGAAGCACACACCAAAAGGAAAAUGUUGUCCAGUUUGUCUGACUGACACACCUGGCUGUGUUGUUCAUUCAAAGAGCAUGGUCAUGAAAGAUGGAGAAAAAUGGCAAGAGGAUCCGUGCACAACAUGCAUUUGCACUGAUGGGAAGAAAGAAUGUUGGUCUUUUAUGUGUGAAAUAAAAUGCUCAAACCCAAAACAUGUAGAAAAUGAAUGCUGCCCCGUUUGUGAAGAAGGUGAACAUGCCCACAAAGUAUCUCAGUGCCCAACACUUAACUGUUCGCAGUACUGCCCCAAUGGACUUGAAAGAGAUAAUACCGGAUGUCCCAUAUGCCAGUGCAAACAAGUGAAAGAAGUUGAAACUGAUACUACUCCUUUGCAACCUGAGGAUGAUACUGAAGGUAAAGAAGAAGGUGAGGAACAUGAUUAUGAGGAAGAAGAUGUUGAUGAAGAACAAGAAAUGGAGGAUGAUGAAUUGUAUCCAGUUGAAGAACUGUCUGAAAAUAUGUGCAAAACACUUUCUGGACAUAUUUUUGAAGAUGGAAUGACAUGGCCUGAUGGGUGUCACCAGUGCUACUGCCAUGCUGGUUUGGAGAUGUGUAAUGUCAUUAAGUGUCCUGUUAUCAAAUGUGAUAAACCCAUCUUCAAUCCACCAGAAGACUGCUGCCCACACUGUCAAGAUAAUGCAGAGGAACAACCACAGCAUCAACCAACUACUGGAUGCUUCUCUGUUGAUGGUUUAUUCCACUUGGAAGGAGAAAUCUGGUCACUGAAUACAUGCACAAGAUGUCUUUGCCACUCUGGCCAGGUUAUGUGCAAAGCUGAAGAGUGCCCACCAACACCAUGUUUGCAGCCUGUCUUUCACCGUGACAGAUGCUGUCCAUCCUGUCCUAAUUUCACAUUACCAUCAGUGGAAGAUAAAGAAGCAUGUGUCACACACAGAAGAGCUCAUGGUGAAUCAUGGAGAGAACACAGUUGCAGCAGCUGUAUCUGCAAUGAUGGAAAGACAGAAUGCUUCUCUGAAAAAUGUCCUGAAACACAAUGUGAGAUAUCAGUAUUGAUUAAAAACCAGUGCUGUCCAGUUUGUCUUGAUAAAGGCAUAUCAAGCAGCUGCACUGUUGGAAACAUAACAUAUAAAUCUGGAGAGAAGUGGGAUGAAGAUGACUGUAACAAAUGUGAAUGCCUGAAUGGAGAAAGAUUUUGCAUUAGACAGACCUGCUCAGAGAAAUGCCCAAACAUGGUUGCAAGAUCAGACUGCUGUUCUACAUGUGAAGAUCAUGCAUCUGGAAGAGCACCUGCAGAAGGACCAUUAUUUGAUGAGAGAACAUACAGCAUUAUUAUUGGACUACUAUUUUUCCUGGUUGCUGUAAUGGCAUUCUACCUAAUGUGGCAGUGUUACAGAAAGAAGCAAUACAAACUAGGCAGUCUGAAAUCGUGUCCCAGUUCUGCAUAUAAUAAUUAUGUGCACAGAGAUUCUUUUGCACCACCUCGCUAUACUAGUGGGGACAGGCAGUCUAAAUGUGAACCUUGUCAUUACAAAUAUGUCCCUACUUAUGACACUACACAGUUUAGUGACUUUGUAAAAUCACCAUCAUUUGGAGCAACAGAAAAGACUGCAUUGGCUCCUGUAUGAAUGACUAAUGACUGAAGUAAAAAAUGAAUCCUCUUUUUUGUUUCUACAAAAAAGAAUAAAAGAUAGUUUCACUAUCAAGUGUUAUAGUUCCUCGGUUUCCAUCCACAAAAAGACAUCACUCUAAACACUUCUCAUAAACUGCUUUGAAAGACUUGAAAGCUACAAUCUUUAUAAAACAGCAAGAAGAUUAUGUAAGAGUGGUUUGAGAGUCAAGUGCAUUCUGGGGAAACUGAAAUCUGAUAGAAUAAUACAAGUGAACAAUAUGCAAGACACUAUGUCAUCAGGUUUUACAAGGAAUAUAGUAUUAAAGGUGUAUGAAAGAGCUUGUUUUCUGCUUCCAUUACUGUGUAAAAUCUUCUAUGAAAGUUUGGUUUUACUGUUAAAAAUGUAAGAGGUUAUAACAUGAUUUUCUUGUAUCCAGUAAAGGAAAGUAAAUCUCUGUUACAGUGAUACAAAUGCAAAUUAAAAAGAAAUGAUAUACAUGAGGAUGUUUCCUACUACUUGAAAAUGCUUAAGAGUUAAAGCAAUGUGUGUAAGAAAUUGUCAGCAGUAAGAGAAGAAGUAUUAAGUACUUAUAUGUGUAUUUUUAUGAAGAAAUUAAGGUAAAUUUUAUAGCAUUACAAUAUGAGCAGGUGAUUGUGCUCUCUGAAGAGUUGCUGCAUCCAAGCACUGAACUAUUUUCAAAGAAUUGAAAUGGCACAUAAUGCAACUAAUCUUUAUGGUUACUCAUUUGUCCUUUUGGCAAGUCAUGUGCAGAUUUGAAAAAACAAACACACUGAACUUUUAAUUUACUGGUAAUAAAUUUUGAAAGCAAAAAAUGCAAUUAUUUUCUAAGGAGAGAAAUACACUGGCUAAAAGUUUUAACUCAUAGUUCUACAUUGACUAUAAUGUGGCAAGCUGAAGAAGUAUACUGAGUUUAAUACUGCUAAAAUAGUUAUUACAUAAAAUCAGAUUACAGCUUUCCUACUAAGAAAAAGACUGCUGUUCUAUGUAUCCAGAGUAUGCAUACAAAUACACAUUUGAAGUUUCCUUCAAUGAGUUAUAUUGAUCUCAUACAUUUGUAAUGGCGUUAAUACCUUCAUUUAUGUAAAAUGAAUGUAGAAAAUUUAUGAUGGAUUUCAGAAGAAAUCUCUGUAUGUCAAGCAUAAUUUUUAAUUAUUUUAUUUAAAAUCACAGCUAUACUGUGAACAUUUCUCCAUGACAGUAAGGAUGCCUGUGCUGACAUACAGUGCUCUUCUCUUCAUUUAUAAGGUGUGAAGUUUACUAAAUGAAAUGAAAUGUGGCAAAAUUUCAUUAUUUAACAUUCCCUGCUUACUGUCAAUAUUGUGGGCUUCCAGAUGUGUGCCAUCUAUAGCUUAAACUUAAACAUUUUUCCACGGCUGUUGUAUUAUUUGCUGCCAAUGUAUGUAACUUCUGUCACUAAAAUUUUAGCCUACAAAGUCAAAACUAUUCUUCAGUAUAUAUGAAACUGUGAUAUACAUUUAAAGAAAUAGUGUCUCUUAUAUUGACACCAUAUUCAUUUCUUCAUUUGAAAUGUGAAUGUUAGGAAUUCUAAAAAAGUAAUUAUUUGCCAUCAAAUAAAUAAAUUUAUUUGUAAGAACAAUGUUUAGGAAACAUUUGAAGUGACACUUUUCUCAGACGAAUAGCCUAAUAAACUGAUUUCAAGAAGUAAAUGUUGAGGAACUUAUUGUUUCUUUUUCUGGAAUGAUGCAAUACAGAUGAGGACGUAUGUAUGAUUCAGCACAGACAUUAUAUGAAAUAUCAACUGAAAGUUAUGUUUUCAGUAAUAUGUUGAUGUCAAAAUUUAGUAUUUUUGUAAUGAACUCUACACAGUAAAAAUAUACAUUUAUAUUGCUACUAUAUGACACUAUCGUGACCAAUAACUGACACUGAUAUUACUGUAUUUAGUUUCACCAAAGCAUAAUAGCUGAAACUCAGUAUUCUCACAUUUUAUUAUUUAUGCUACUACAGAAAUUUAAUUUCAUAUAAGGUAUACAACAUAUUUUAUUACAUAUUAUUUUCACUUGGGCUGCACACUUUAGGUAAAGUGCUUACAUGAACAUAGAUAUGUCUGCUGACUUGGAUGAAAUACUAUAAAAAUCAUUACUCCAGCCUCAAUGUGCCUUUAAGUGAGGCAAUAAAUUUGCAAGUGACAUCUGUUUUGUGUUUUUGUCACUGACUGUUUCGUGUUACAUAUAUUCAGUGUUAAGAAUAAUCUGUGUGAAUAAACAACAUCUACACGUACCACAACCAUGAAUUUCCUCGGAAAAUUUAAAUAAGUCACUUUUGUAUUCUUUCGGUGUAUCAAUGAGUACUUAAAUAUAAUCAUGUAUGAAACACUAUCUUGUCUUAAGAAAGCAAGAUGUACUGUUUGAAAGUUUUUAAAUAAAUGUGCACUGGAUUAUU